GAAGGAGGAGUUCCACAUCACAGAGAAAGAGAAAGACAGACAGAGAGAGAGGGAAAGAUUACCAGACACAGGGCUCUCCUUGUUGUUGAUAACAGCUUCACGGCUAAUUUAGGGGAAGAGGAGGAGAGCGGUGGGAAGAGAAGGACGAGUAGGAAGCUGAGCUGGUAGUUACGGGGGGAGGAAGUUGACUGAUAGUGACUGCCUACUGUAAGUCGGGGAGGGAGGAGUGCCGAUGCAAGCAGUGAACCAGCAUAUACAAGCACAACUGACUGUCUCUGUGAGCUACUGUCUGUAUUAACACGUGCAGGAGCAGAUUUCACCUGGAUACACUAUGCUGUCUUGGGGAUAGUUGCAGAUUGCUGCAUCCAGACAUGUAGUCAGCAGUACAAGCAGAGCAUUUAACCUCUUUGUGAACUCUUUCUUCCUCUUGAACAGUUUCCUCUACCUCUCGGGCUGGACUGUGGUGCAUUAACGGCGGGUCGCCCUCCCCUGCCCCCUCGACCCCCAGCAAUGGCCACGCGCAUUGGCAUGCGGAUGCAGCUGAUGCGAGACCAGUUGCAACAGGAGGAGCAGCGUGAGCGGCAGCAACAGCAGCAACUGCAGCAGCAGCACAAUGCAUCAUUGCAAUACAUGCAGCAUCGCAUGGCUGGGCCACCUGCACCCAGCCCAGCCAUUAGUACACCACAGCAUUACCAGAGCAUGCAGGUCCCCGUGGAGGUUCUUAAGGUAGAGACACACCUUGAAAAUCCCACAGACUACCACAUCCGUCAGUCUCGCAGGCAACAAGUGAAAGAAUACCUGUCAACCACCUAUGCCACCAAACAGACGGUCCAAGCGGUAGCAGGCCUGAUUCCUCCUUCUCCUCCCGCGAACAUGGUUCCUACAGGGGGUUCAUCAUCUGCGCCCCCACCUCUUCACUCCCCACACAUGCGCCCCGAACAGCUCAUGUCUGGCAACAGUGCCCCCAACAGCCCCAUGGCCAUGCUCAACAUUGGCUCCAGCCAUGAGAAUGAGAUGGAAGAGGUAAUUGAUAAUAUCAUCAGUAUGCAGUCCAGUUAUGAUGAUAUUCAUGCAUACAUCGAUCCUGUCCAGAUGCCAAACACACUCCCACUAUCAAGCAGUCACCUGGACGUGUAUACAGGUCCUGGGAUGAAGGGGCCAGCCAUUGCUAUGACCAGUAACUCCUGUCCCGCCAACCUGACCAUCAAGCGAGAACUGUCAGACGCAGAAGCCCGUGCGCUGGCGAAGGAGAGACAGAAGAAAGACAACCACAACCUCAUUGAAAGGAGGAGGAGAUUCAACAUUAACGACCGUAUCAAAGAGCUUGGCACCAUGAUCCCCAAAACCAAUGACCUUGUGCAUAGUGACGUGCGCUGGAACAAAGGAACUAUACUGCGGGCGUCUGUAGAGUACAUCAAACGCAUGCAGAAAGAUGUACAGAGGACCAGAGAAGUGGAGAGCAGCUUUAAACGGAUGGAGAUGGCUAACAAGCAGCUAAUGCUGCGCAUCCAAGAGCUGGAGAUGCAGGCUCGUCUGCAUGGCCUGCCCAGUACCUCUCCCUCUGCCAUGAACCAAACUGACAUGAUGGGCUCUUACAUAAAACAAGAGACCAACCCAGAGGAUAACCUUUCUCACCCCCAGGUACAAGCCCACCACCAGCAACAGCACCUACCCCAUAACCAGGUUCACCCACAAGCUCAGCAGCACCACUUCCUCCCCCAGGCCCACCUCCACCCUCAGGGCCAGGCCCAGCCUCAACUUAGGCAACUGCCGCAACUCCCACAACACCUCCAGCCCCAGCCACCCAUCCAGUACCCAGCUGUGGGCAGCUCCCAGCCCUUUGACUUUGCCCAGUCGCUGGACUUGUGCGAUGGAAUAACCGGAUUCUCCGACGGCAUGUCGGGGCUGGGUGACCUGGGCGGACUGGAUGGUCAGGGGAGGAGAGGUGAUUUGAGCUUCCUGAUGAUGGACGAGCCUUUGUCCCCUAUGGCCGGAGACCCGCUCCUCUCUGCAAUGUCCCCCGAAGCUUCUGUUGACUCCAGCCGCAGAUCCAGCUUCAGCAUAGAGGAUGGAGACAUACUGUAGACGUGUGUACACUCACACACGAGGUUGAAGUAAAAAUACACACAGCACGUUCACUGAAAGGAAUCAACACAUGGUACAGUUUUAACACAGUGGCACUCAUUCAGUUAUCUUAGCCUUAAUGAGCAGAAGAAGGUAUGCGUCGCUCACACAGAUCAAUGCUGUAACGUACAAACAUUUGCACACACAUACACAAAUGGAACGACUUGUGAGUUAAACUGAGGAGCUCAAAACUCUGCCUAACAUACUGAGAAAGGUGUAAACCAACACUGCCAGGUCAGGAGCUAUGCAGCUCUCUUGGCCCUGUUCCUAUAAAGGUGGCCCUGAAUCAUAAUUGAACAAGCGACAAAACCAGCAGUUAAUUAGAUUGACGUUAUCAGAUACAAGGACAACCGAGCGCAUUGUCUCACGCGAUAGAGGACGAGUUAUUUGCCCCUCACACCAACCUCUUUUAGUAACCAUAAAUGAUUGAAUGAAUGAUAGUGUAGAAAAUGGAAAUAGCUUCAUGGCUAUGCAUGCAUAAUUUAUCCAGAGGGGAUGCAGUCCAGUCACAUCAUUCUGUUCCUCGCUCUUGUUAUUCCACAGUCUUUCGCAGUUCUGAGGUGUUAAGUGUCCACAGGAAAGGAAACGUUAUAAAAACCCUGGACAAAUAGAAUAACAGGAGGAUUUUCGGAAAAUAAUUUUCCCCACUUCUAGCUGAAGUAAUUGUCUCCUCACAAACACGCGCACACCCACUCACUGCUGUCACUCCUCUUCUACACCUUUAACACUUGACACUGUCACGAUCUCCACUCAGAGGCACUGUAACUUUUUAGAGCGCAUAGGAAGAAAAACAACAUUUGAUGGUCUUCAAAACCAGCGUGUUAUCCAAAUUCUGUGAGGUGUCAAAAUACUCAGGUACCGUAGCAGCAUACACGGGGUCAGUUUCAAAUAGGAGCAGAUGUUAACCUGAGCUGUGUCAGGGCCCAUAACCCCCGGCCUGUGUGCCUUUUGGUUUUUGCAGCCACUGCUCUUUAGGCAUGUUUUUAUAGGUUCCUUGAGUUAGAUUCAAUAUAACGUCCAAUUAUGCCUGUAAAUGCUUUACAGCAUGCUUCAACUAUACCACUGUUAGUCCAGGAGAAAAUUUAUAUGUGUUUUUCUCUAGUAAGCGACUUUGUAGGGUUUGUACUGGAGGUCCAGGUGAAGGAAAGAAAAAAAAAGGUUUGCGUUUUUUUUUCUAGCUGACAACAGCAGUUGUAUAGUCUUCACUAUAAAAGCACCACAUUAUUGCAUCACUUGCAUGUGUUCACACUUACAAACAGGCAUGCAUUAAACACGCUCACCUGUUCGCGCAUGCACACUCGUCAUAGCGCUCACACACACAGAUACACAUAUAUAUAGUGGAUGAUGCCUUGAGGCUGUUUUCAAAUCAGCAGGUUGACAGCUUCGGUCUCUUCCCUCGUGAGUCGAGUGAAGCUGCCAGCUGCAGUGGAAAAGCUCAGGUCUGCUGCUCACACCGUCACCUGGAAGCAAUUCUUUCUGUUUGGAACGAGUUGUGGUGGACAUGAGCUGUGUCUCUGCUCUGGUAGACCUGGGGAUUAGCUUUGAUUUGAUAUAGCUUAUGAUCAGAACUGAUAAAGUUUUUUUUUUUUUUUUUGAUUAAAAGAAGAAGUGUUUAUUAUAUAGUUUGUUGUUUAUUUUAUCUCCCAAAGCACUGGAAACUAUAUUAUUGUUUUGACUUUGUACAUGGAAGAAUUAUGGAAUAAGAUUUAUUUCAGAUGUUUUAUGCCACUAAGCCACUUAAAUGUAUUUUAUUUGUAUUUGUUGUUUUAGUUCUAUUUCAAUUUUUAUUCCAAAACGACCCUUUGUUCUCAGAGCCUUGUUCUCCAGAAGUACACUGUAAAGGCAUUUAAGCCACCAACGUUUCGCUGGAGGAGGAACCAUUUUUCUGAACAUCCAGAUCUCAUCUGAUUUUAGAGAGAUGAGAUUAUGUACAUUUAUGAUGCCAUUUUUAUAUGCAAAUUUCUAGUCAGACAUAGAUGAAAGGUGAUUUGACUGAAACCUAAUUACUCAUUUGAUGAAUGUAAGGUUUAGCAGUGGUUCUGGUCAGACUGGCAUAAGUCAGCAUUUUCCCCCACCUGCCUGUGUCUUCCCUGACUUUGGUUUCUAUGGAGACUGGAAGACGACUGACUUCACAGAAACUCUGAACCAGGGAUUUGUGAUUGUCCCAGAUAUGUCCCGCUGACUCUGCUUUUGUCAUUGUUCAGAGUUGUGCCUUUUCCCUUUUUCACUGUCAGUUUGACUGUUGUUGUACCAUCAUCCAGCCAACACUCCAAAGAGCUUGUCAGGCCUCUUCUAUUCUUCCACUAGAGGGCGCUCGGCAAAGCAAACCAUACAGGGAAAAGUGGUUCUGAAUUCACUGCAGAUAUAAAAUGUUUUACCAGAAUCCA